AUGAGUUCUCUAAAACGUCCUGGUGAAGAAGAGGAAAGUGAAUUGCAGGUUGCUGUUCAUGACAAGAAGAUAAAACUGCAAUCCCAUGAUCAUGGUGUCGGAAGUGAGCCUGUCUCUACAAUUGAAAUUAUUCCAUCGGAUAGAUUCAGGAAAGUAAAAGAACAAGGUUUUAAAGCGAAGGAUGCUGAUCUUCAUGGGACACAGAUGGAAUCGGCAUUCGAGAAAGAACUGCUAGAGAUGGAACAUGAGGCAGCUAUCGUGGACGAACAAGCGUCGAUAGAUACUUAUGGGAGAGAACCAGUUGCGAGUGAUUUUUCGCCUGAUACGCAUGACAUCUCUUUCCAACAAUUAGAUUGUGAUCAAACUAUGUUGAGUGGAUCCACUGACGAGAAUACACCGUUUAUUGUAAGGUUUUUUGGUGUCACUCAAGAAGGACACUCGAUAUUGUGCAAUGUCACAGGUUUCAAACAUUAUUUAUACGUUCCAUCCCCAAUUGCUCAAGAACAAACUGAUAAACAAGAUCUGGAUGGGUUUGUCAAAUAUAUAAAUGAGCAAUUAGAUAACUGUGUAGACUCGAUUGAGAUAACACAAAGGCAAUCUAUUUGGGGUUAUUCUGGUGAUACAAAAUUACCGUUUUGGAAAGUCUACUUGAAGAAUCCACAUAUGAUAAAUAAAUUAAGAACUUCCUUCGAGAAAGGGUAUUUCACUUAUAAAUCGUGGUUUUCAAACGGUACAACUACUUAUGAUAAUAUAGCAUAUACACUUCGUUUGAUGAUUGACUGUGGAAUUGUCGGGAUGUCAUGGAUAACGUUACCAAAAUCUAAAUACAAAUUGAUCACAGAACAGAAUAAGAUUUCGAACUGUCAGCUGGAAGUUUCUAUAAAUUACCGUGACUUAAUCUCGCAUCCAGCUGAAGGUGAUUGGUCCCAUUCAGCUCCUCUGCGUAUAUUGUCUUUUGAUAUUGAGUGUGCUGGUAGAAUAGGUGUUUUCCCAGAACCAGAGCAUGAUUCAGUUAUCCAAAUUGCAAAUGUGGUAAGUAUUGCGGGUGCAAAAAGACCGUUCAUUCGUAAUGUAUUUACUGUAGAUACUUGUUCACCGAUUACUGGUUCCCAUAUUUUCUCUCAUGAGAAAGAGGAGGAUAUGUUACGUCAAUGGCGUGAAUUCGUCGUUAAGGCAGAUCCAGAUGUCAUUAUUGGUUACAAUACAUCGAAUUUCGAUUUGCCCUAUUUAAUUGAUAGGGCUAAGGCAUUAAAAGUAAACGAGUUCCCAUAUUUUGGAAGACUUGUAAAUGUUAACCAGGAAGUUAAAGAGUCUACAUUUUCGUCAAAAGCAUACGGUACCAGAUCUUCAAAGAAUGUCAAUAUAGAUGGUAGGUUGCAACUUGAUUUGCUUCAAUUUGUUCAGCGUGAAUAUAAAUUAAGAUCAUAUACAUUGAAUGCAGUAUCGGCUCAUUUCUUAGGUGAGCAGAAGGAAGAUGUUCAUUACAGUAUUAUUACUGAUUUACAGAAUGGUGAUAGUGAAACCAGAAGAAGAUUAGCAGUUUAUUGUCUGAAGGAUGCAUACUUGCCACUAAGAUUACUUGAAAACUUGAUGGCAUUGGUUAAUUAUACCGAAAUGUCUAGAGUAACAGGUGUUCCUUUUUCCUACCUAUUGUCUCGUGGUCAACAAAUUAAAGUUGUUUCGCAAUUAUUCAGAAAAUGUUUAGAGAUCGACACAUUGAUACCUAACAUGGGUAGUCAGGGUUCUGAUGAACAAUAUGAAGGUGCUACUGUUAUUGAACCUAUUCGUGGUUAUUAUGAUUUACCUAUUGCAACCUUAGAUUUCAACUCUUUAUACCCCAGUAUUAUGAUGGCUCAUAAUCUGUGUUAUACCACACUUUGUAAUAGAGAGACCGUACAGAGGUUGGAUUUAAAGCUGAAUGAAGACUAUAUAAUAACCCCGAAUAAUGAUUAUUUUGUCACCACCAAAAAGAGACAUGGUAUCUUACCAAUUAUUUUAAAUGAAUUGAUCAGUGCAAGAAAACGUGCGAAAAAUGAUUUAAAGAAUGAGAAAGAUCCAUUUAAAAGAGAUGUGUUGAAUGGUAGACAAUUAGCAUUAAAAAUUUCUGCUAACUCUGUUUAUGGUUUCACUGGUGCUACCGUUGGUAAACUGCCUUGUUUGGCCAUUUCAUCGUCAGUUACAGCAUUUGGUAGAGAUAUGAUUAUGACUACAAAAAAUGCUGUCCAGGAAAAGUACUCCAUUAAAAAUGGGUACAAGAAUGAUGCAGUCGUUGUUUAUGGUGAUACAGAUUCUGUUAUGGUGAAGUUUGGUACCUCAGACUUAGGAGAAGCGAUGGAAUUGGGAACAGAAGCUGCUGCUUAUGUUUCUUCUUUAUUUAAAGAUCCAAUUAACCUAGAAUUCGAAAAAGCCUACUUUCCAUAUUUACUGAUUAAUAAGAAAAGAUAUGCUGGUUUAUAUUGGACUAAAACAGAAAAGUAUGACAAAUUAGAUCAAAAGGGUCUAGCUUCGGUACGUCGUGAUUCCUGCCCGCUGGUCUCCAUUGUGAUGAAUAAGGUAUUGAAGAUGAUAUUGAUUGAAAGAAAUGUUGACGGUGCUCUUGCUUAUAUCAAGUCAGUUAUUGAUGAACUAUUGCACAAUAAAGCAGAUAUUUCUAAAUUAAUUAUCUCUAAAACAUUAGCGCCAAAUUAUACCAAUCCUCAGCCACAUCAAGUCUUAACAGAAAGAAUGAAGAGAAGAGAUGGUGUUGGUCCAAACGUAGGUGACCGUGUCGAUUACAUCAUUAUUGGUGGUAAUGAUAAACUAUAUAACAGAGCUGAAGAUCCAUUAUAUGCUCUAGAGCAUAAUAUUCAAGUUGAUUCAAGAUAUUACUUGACUAAUCAAUUACAAAAUCCUAUUAUCAGUAUUAUUGCACCAAUCAUUGGCGAAAAACAAGCCAAUUCUAUGUUUGUUGUGAAGUCAAUCAAAAUUAACACAGGUACUAUGAAAGGUGGGUUGAUGGGGUUCAUGAAGAAGGUUGAAGUUUGUAGAUAUUGUAAAGGUCCAUUGACUAAAGGAGAAAGCCCAUUGUGUUCUAAUUGUAAAGAAAGGUCUGGUGAACUGUAUAUGAAGACUUUGUAUGAAGUCAGAGACUUACAAGAAAAAUUUGCUAGGGUAUGGACUCAAUGCCAGCGUUGUGCUGGUACGUUACAUAACGAAGUGUUAUGUUCAAAUAAAAAUUGUGACAUCUUUUAUAUGCGUGUCAAGGUUAAAAAAGAACUACAAGAGAAAGUUGAACAAUUGAAUAAAUGGUGA